UCUGAAACAGACACAAGACAGACUUUUCUUCAAUAACCCCCCGGGACAAAACGGAAGCAGUACUUUACGCACGCGACCGCAACAAUUCUUAAAAUCAAAAGCCGUUUUGACAGAUGAUGGCAUGUCAAAAUUUUAUAACGUCGGGCUGAUGUUAUUUAUAACGAAGUUAAACUCUUAUGAAUUAAUUAGCGAUUAUGGUGAUUCGUCAUCCGGAAAAACAAUACAGAACUACAAGUAUAUAAUAAACACCGAGGACUCGUUAAACAAACUGUGUCUUAACAGAGCAACAGAUUACAUCUAGCAACUUGCGGCACUUUCUCAUCAACGAAAGCAAACUAUUUUUGCAGUCCACCGAAGUUUAACUGAUUUUAUUUUUCAAACGAAAUAAUGUACGCCAAAGUUUCUUUGAUUUUAUUUUCCGUCUUUGUACCUGAAGUUGUGUUUGGAGCAUGUCGGAUAUAUCCACAGAACUUACAGGCGGUUCCUGGAAAACCUGUAUCAUUGGACUGUUUAUAUAAGAACUCUAUCCGGGUGGCCUAUCAGGAGACGUACAGAGAUCACGUGACCUGUGAGGACUGUUAUUGUACAGAGACCGGGCUGGAGUGUUGUGGGUUUGGAAGUAACGCAGGGACAGUUCAAAUAGAAGGUUGCAUCGAACAAAGAGAUGGUUGUUAUUCAAAAUUCGUAGAUGCCAGCGACCCCACCAAGCCUUGCCGUGCUACCAUGACAACAACUCAAGCUCCGGUAAAACACGAGCUGGACAACCAAAUAUACAGAAAUCCAUUCUUGAACAAGGAUAACUCACCAUUUAAUAGCUUCGGGAGCCCUAGCUCACUCUCUGGUCCUGAUAACUGGACCAAUGAUGAUCUGGACACGAAGUCCCAGAGGCAACGACAAUACUAUUUGUUUCUGUGGUCCCUCAUUAAUUAUUUCAUGAAUAACAAUUAAUUUAUUAUUGCGUAAUAGAGAUAUAUGAAAUCCAUUUUCCAUUAAUUUAUUGUGAUUUUCUUUAUUUAUUAAAAUAAUUUUUGUACAUUGUAUUUAUUUGUAAAUCAUAAUCUUAUUUAUUUCUAAUCAUCUCUACCUGAAACAUAAAUGUUUUUACAACACUUCAUUUUUGUGUGUUUUAUUUUUU